AUGGAUAAUAAAAUAUAUAUCUUCAUACCAAUCACAUACCUGGUGGAUGGUAUUUUGGGAAAAUUUUAUGUACCAUCAAAAUACUCUCAAAAUAUUCUCACGUCAACUUGCAAUUUGUUCUAUCUAGCCUCUCAACAGCGCACCGUGUGGCUUUCUGCCCUGCAGCGCGUUUGUAUCGACCACCGGGCAUUUAUGCCUAGCUUCCCUUUUGAAAAUAUGUCUGUCAAAGAGCUAGAGCACGCGGCUUUGUCUCCUUCUCAGCUUGUAGAUCGUUUAAAAAAUGGCUCAUCCAACAAAGCACUGGAGCCCCAGAGGAUACUUCCUUUUGAGCCGUUGGAUUCUGAAGCACAGCCCUAUAGCUUCAGCUGGCUUUAUCUCAUUCCGGGCGGUCGCUUUCUGUUUACCGAGUCAGCCAGGAAGGAUCACAUCGCUUUGUGGGACCUUGGAAACGUUGGAACCAGAGAGGAGAUGACUUGGCUGCCUGUCGCCGUGAUUGAUGAUGGUCGGCUUGUUUUAAUGGACGCCUGCCCGACUGCUGAUGAGACUGGGCUUUUAUUAUCCACAUACUAUGUUCUCCAUCCCUUGAUCCUCAAUCACUUCACAAGUUCCUCCUUUGACCCCUGGCAGUGCCAAGUGGUGAUAUAUGAGAUCUACCCCUCAACGCCGGAUCCAGAGUUUACACCCAAAGGAGAGUUAAAUGUAAAUGCAUUGAUUGACAUAAGCUCCAACGCUGGUGGCUGUUUCGUAUUCUUAACUGAGAUGGACGAGAUUGUCCUUUGGAAUCUGGCUACUAACGACUCCAUCACUUGGGAACCUCCAAUCAUCGUGACAAUACAUAAACCAACUCAUUAA